CUUGCUGACAUUCUUUCUCUUCCUUUCCUCCUUCUCUCCUUUCCUUCCAUGUCUCUAAGUCUGUAAUUCUCUUCCUCCUUCUCCUCUCUUCCUUCCUUUCUUUCCUUUCUUCUUCCUGUUUUGUUCUUCUUUACUUCUUUCCUCGUGUUGCCUCCCUUCUCAACUUCUUUUCUCUUUUUUUUCUUUUUUUUUUUCUUUCGUGUUUUAGUCAUUACUCGUCUCUUUCAUCUCCUUCUCUUCCUUCCUUCCUUCUUUUCGUUCCUUCUUUCCUUCCUUUUAAAAUCUGAAGUUGUAUAUAUCUAAUCCUUCCUUGUCUCUCUUCCUUCAUUCCUUCCUUCUUUCCUUCUUUCCUUCGUGUAGUCGUUUCUGUCAUCUCCGUCCUUCAUUCUCUUCCUUCAUUCAUUUAUUCUCUUCCUUCCUUCCUUCCUUCUUUACUUCCUUCCUUUCGUGAACCCAAAACUCUACCUCUUUAACAUCUUUCUUCUCUCUCUCCCUUUCCUUCCUUCCUUCCUUCCUUCCUUCCUUCCUCCAAGACGACCAGCAAAAACACGACUUCACACACGAGUGGAGGUUGAUGCCGUAGAGUCAUGGGCGAGGGAAGAUGUGAGGGAGUGACCACCUCCCUCCACAGCCUCCUCCUCCCCCUCCUCCUCCUCUCCUCCCUCCACCUCCCCGCCUCACCCGCCGCCGCGCAACAGGCUGAGGAGGGUCGUUUUCUUAGCGGCAUCCUCUCGUUGCCAGACUAUUGCCAGCAUGACGGGAUCCAGGCGGCCUGCUCGUUCAUCCUCACCUGCAUCGUCAGAGGAGGCACCCCCAUCAACAAGUGUGGCGGUGGGUACAUCUACACUUGCUGCGUCCCCACCGUCGCCAGCGUGAGGUCUGAUGCCAUCCGUAACAUCAACCUCUUCAGCAGGCAACCCCCGCCGCUGCCCAGUGCCCAAGCUCUCGUAAACAGGCCGUUUGCUCGCCCAAGGUUACCUCUGCACCGUCGCCCGAGACCUUAUUUUAGACCACGACCUUGGGGCCUAAACCGCAUCCCAGUGCGGGAAGAGGCCGCGGGCAUUCCCCUGGACACGCAGCUUCAGCAACAACUUCUUCUCCUACAACAACAACAACAGCUACAGCAGGUCCAGGGCGCCGCUGUCGAGCCCAACUUGCAGCUCUCCGCAGGUGUUAACGAACCAGGCUGCGGCACCCCGAGAAUAGCUCAGUUUGCCAAAAGAAUCAUAGGCGGGGACGAGGCCAGCUUCGGAGAGUUCCCGUGGCAAGCGCACAUCCGCAUCUCCGGCUACCAGUGCGGCGGAGUCCUGGUCAACCACUUCUUCGUGGCGACGGCGGCUCACUGCGUCCACAAGGCGCGACUCAACCAGAUCACCGUCCAUCUCGGGGAGUUCGACACCAAGGACACGGGCGUGCACGAGGAGCCGCUGCCCAAGGAGACAUUCACGGUGCUGGAGAAGAGGAUCCACCCGAUGUUCAAGUACAUGCUGACCCAACCUGACAGGUACGACAUCGCGGUGCUUCGUCUCAACCGCCCCGUCGUGUACCGCGCCAACAUCCUGCCCAUCUGCUUGCCCGGCCCCAACGAUGACUUCACCAACGACGUGGGCAUCGUGGCGGGCUGGGGCAAGACCGACAACUCGUUCGGUAAGACCGGCACCAACAUCCUGCGCAAGGUGGCCGUGCCCGUCAUCAGCAACGAGGACUGCCUGGCCUGGCACCACCACAAGGGCAUCGACGUCAAGCUGCACUUCGAGAUGUUCUGCGCCGGACACGCCCAGGGCAAGAUGGACGCCUGCCUGGGUGACUCGGGCGGGCCGCUGGUUGUGGAGAAGGAGGGCCGGUGGGUGCUGGCGGGCAUCACCUCAGCGGGCUUCGGGUGCGCCGUGGACCACCAGCCCGGCAUCUAUCACAAGGUGUCCGUCACGUCGGGCUGGGUGGCGGGCAGCGUACGGACGUGAGGCGGCUAGGUGAUAGGAAGGACUUUAUGUUACUCUUUGCAGCUACACGUGGAUAUUGCAGCUAAGUGGAGAAGUAGUGGAAGAAAGUGAAGUAGAGGGAGAAUGUGUUUGUGUUGAAGUGGAGUAAGGAAAGUAGAAAAGUAGACGAAGGAUGUAUUUGCAAGUUAAGUGGAAAAGUAGAGACAGUGAGUGGAAAUGUAGUGGAAGAAUGUAUUUGUAUUGUAUUGGAGAAGUAGAGGAAGGAAGUGGAAAAGUAAAAAAAAGUAAGUGGAAGAGUAGAGAAAGAAUGUAUUGAAGUGGAAAAGUAGAGGAAGAAUGUAUUUGUAUUGCAGUGAAGUAGAGGAAGUAAGUGGAAAAGUAAAGAAAGUAAGUGGAAGAGUAGAGAAGAAAUGAUUGAAGUGGAGAAGUAGAAGGGGAAUGUAUUUGCAGUAAAGGGAAAGAGUAGAGAAAAAAAAUGUAUUUGAAUUGAAGUGAAGUAGUAGAGAAAGAAUGUAUUUUGCAGCUAAGUGGAAAGUAGAGAAAAGAAUGUAUUUGUAUUGGUUUGCAGUUCAGUAGAGAAAUAUUGGAAGGUUGUAUUAGGAGCUCCAUUGAUUUGCAGCCAGGUGGAGAAGUAUACGUUGAGGGGAAGAAUGUGUAUUGGGUGAGCAGGAGUGAGAAAGGGUUGAAGAAAGGUCUUUGUUUGACGUCUGUGUGUGCUACAGAGAUAAUUUGUAGUUGUGUAGAUCUGUAGCUCAUAUGAAGAGAAUGAAGGAGAGGGCGAGAAGUGAAAUACGAGGAUGAAAAGAUUGAGGGAAUGGGUAAAGGAAGGUGCUGGUGGUGGUAGUCGUUUGUGUUAGAAAGAGAUUUGCGGCUAAGAGGAUGAAGGAGAGAAAAAAUGAAGAAGCGAGAGAGAGAAAAGGAAAUAAGAAGACAAAGAUUGAUACAGACUCUGAAGGAAUUCGUCCAAGUGAAACGAGAACGAGCUCCGAGAGACAACAUGAGCCAAGCAAAGAUAGCGCCACUAUAAAACACUUACCUGCGCCAUGACGGGCUGGGGUCGACUACCAUCCAGGCCCCUCAAGAAAGCAUACCGGCGCUAUAGGUUGACACGUAAAAAAAAAGAGAUGCAGAAGAGAUAAAGGCGUGUCUGCGGUUUAGAGUGCAUGAAUUUGCAGCUAGACGGAAGACAAGGAAAAAGAAACAAAGUAAUGAAGGGAAGAGAAAAGAGAGAGAAUAUGAAGGUACUGAGUAACAGAUAAGAAAGAGGCGUUUGUGUGUGCUAGAGAGAGCUCAUAAAUAUGCAGCAAAAUGAAAAAAAGAUGAAUGAGAAAUUAACAAAGUAA